CGCUUCCACACGACACGACCGUGUUGAGCACUUGAGCGGAGUUGUUGAGUCUCUGUGCGCCACAAGAAACUUCUAGAGGCAGCAGCUUGCCAUGACGUCCACCGUGACGACGCCCAGCCGGCCGCUCUCCGCCGGGUGUGGCCGCCGCUCGGCCGGGCCGCGUCGAUCCGGGCCUACCGUGCUCUCCCUCAAGGGGCCGCUGCGACGGACGCCGUCCACUAGCUGCUCGGCGCUCGCGUCGCCCGAGAAGCAGAGCACGGCCAAGCUCCCGCCGCCGCUGCCGACGACGACGGCGUCGAGGACCGCGGCGCCGGAGGCGGAGAGAACGGACUACAGCGAGGUGGCGGCCGCGCUGGAGAGCAUCUACAAGCUCAGCCCCGCCGUGGUCGAAGAGAAGCACGACGAGGACAACAAGAGCAUGAAGGGCAAGAAGAAGAGGAAGGGCAGGGUGGGAAGGAGCACGGUGAUCGUGAGGAGCCGGAGGAAGAGGCGUGGGAGGAGGAUGGACCUGGGGAAGAGGGUGGAGAUGAAGAGCAGGGAGGGGGACGCCGGCGGCAAGAAGGAGGAGGUGCGAGAGUUCGAGGAGAUGCUGCUCAGGGAGCACUCGGUGUCUACGGACAUGGGCAGCCUCGACUGGAAACGCAUGAAGAUCCCGCCGGUGCUCAGCUCCGCGCAAAGCGCGCGCCUCUUCAAAACGAUGCAGCCCAUGAAGGCGAUCUUUGAGGUGCAAGAGAGCUUGCGGGACGAGCUACAGAGGGAGCCGACCGACGCAGAGCUCGCGGAGGCCACUAACAUGACCAUGCAGCAGCUGCGCCGCCGCCUCGACGUCGGCCGAGCCGCCAGGAACAAGCUCAUCAAGCACAAUCUCCGGCUGGUGUUGUACGCAAUCAACAAGUACUACCCGGACAUAGCCAACGGCGAGAGGUUCGACGACCUCUGCCAGGCCGGCGCCACCGGCCUCAUCACCGCCGUCGACCGGUUCGAGCCGAAGCGCGGGUUUCGCAUAUCGACCUACGCUCUCUUCUGGAUCAGACACUCCAUCGUCCGCGCAAUGACGCUCUCCAACUUCACACGGUUCCCCUUCGCCAUGGAAUCGGAGAGGCAGGAGAUUAACAAGACGAGGGAGGAGCUGGCGUUCGAGCUCGGGAGGACGCCCACGGACGAAGAGGUCGUGAAGAGGGUCGGGAUAUCACCGGCGAGGUACCGCGACGUGCUGAGGAUGACGAAGCCGACCUACUCCCUGCACUCGCGGAACCGCGUGACGCAGGAGGAGCUCAUCAACGAGGUCACCGACGACGACGCCAUCGGGGUCGACGCCGGCAAGCACAACACGCUCCUCCGCCUGGCCAUCGACGAUCUCCUGGACUCUCUGAAGCCCAAGGAGAGCGUGGUGAUCAGGCAGCGGUUCGGGCUGGACCGCCGGGGCAAGCGCACGCUCACCGAGAUCGCCGGCAACCUCAACAUCUCGAGGGAAAUGGUCCGCAAGUACGAGCUCAAGGCCCUGAUGAAGCUCAAGCACCCCACACGAGUGGACUACCUCCGCAGAUACAUGUGAGCUGAUGCCAGGUGUGCAUAUGCACCAUUAUUCAUGCCAACGUGUAGCAUCAAGUACCAAUGCAAUUACCUGCAAUACAGUCGUAGUACAAGUACCACAAAACACAGUCUCUGCUGCUGUAUAUAUGUGUGGAUAUCUUCUACCUCAACUCUGCACUUGAUACUACAGAGUCGAUCGCACUACCCAGGAAAAAACAUUUCGUGCUAUAGACAUGUCCAUAUACAAAGAUGGUGUGUGUGUGUGUGUCCUGAAUCCUGAUGAGUUUAUUUGAGCGAGGUUGUGUUGCAGGUCUCGCAUGUAAUUCUUAACAUGCAUGCAUGCAUGGUACAAGAAAUGUUCCCUGUUUGCAGCUUUGGUUAGCAAUAGAAAAUCAUCAUUUAUCUGCA